CACGUGUGCGAAGCAGCAAAAUGCUUACAACUGGAGUCUCUUUUUAUCAUUUUACUCAAAAGUGAAACUUAUCAUUAACUCUUGUGUUACAAUAGUCAAUUUAGAGAAAUCACGGUAACCCUGGCUGCCAUAACCGAUGUUAACAUGAUGAAGGAAGUGGCAGAAUACAGGCGAUUAGUAUACUGUGACCGAGCAGUUUUCGACAGAAAGUACUAUUUUUGUGUUUAAUAGUUAAAAAAGGAUAUAACUUGACAAUUGUUCGGCAGUGAGAGAGAAAAAACACAAAUAAACUUAUUUGAGACAAAAAAAACAUGUGUCAAUUUCAAAGGUCGGACAAUGUUUCGCGAGAUAACAGUUGUGGGAUAUGCGUGUGACAUUUUAAAAGUGAAUUCACAAACUUCCAUUUUCGUCAAUAUGCUAUUGAAGUUGACAAAUGGCAUAAUAUUUGCAGUUAAUUUACUCAUGAUAAACUCGCGUCCCAGACAUUGAAGGGACACUUAAUGUCGCGUAUUUGACAGGAAUGGGAUGUAGUGCUUCCAUUGGGGAUUCCAGUAAAAGAGUUCAGAGCUUGGCAUUACAACGGAUCCCGCGGGAGCGAAGGGCAUGGCCAACACCCGAUAGGGUCGCAAGUAAGGUCACCCCUCGCAACUGGACUAACAUCACCCAGCAACUGGGAGCUGGUGGUGGCAGCAAGCCUUCUUCAAGUGGGAGACACGUGGAUAACUAUUUCAAAGACGACAGCUUCCCAGCAGACGAUAGCUCCAUAUUCCGUAAGAAGAAAGUCACCAAGGCAGUCACGUGGAAGAGACCUCAGGACAUUCAUCCCGACGCGACCCUGAUCGCUGACGGCACGAGUCGGCAUGAUAUGAAGCAAGGCGACCUGAACAACUGCUGGUUCCUCUCAACUCUAUCAGCCAUUGCCGAGAAACCACAACUUAUCUCCAAGAUAAUCCCCGACGAUUACGCGUUCCGUUCGUCCACGUACACGGGUCGCUUUCGGUGCCGCUUCUGGCAUUUCGGCGACUGGGUGGACGUGCACAUUGACGACCGUCUGCCCACGGUCAACAACAGCCUGCUGUUCGCGCGCUCUUCUGCCCCGGAAGAGUUCUGGAUCUCAUUAUUAGAAAAAGCCUACGCGAAGCUGAACGGCUCGUACGAGGCGCUUGAGUAUGGUUUCGAGGCGGACGCGUUCACAGACAUGACGGGCGGGCUUGCCGAGUGGUACAACCCUGCCGAGCUUAAGGACCACGACUUCUACCUAAUACGGGCCGCCUUCCAGAGCGGCGCUGUCAUCGGCUGCCUCAGCGUGGACAAAGAAGGGCAAGCGGAACGUGACCGCCGAGGCAUGGUCUCCAACCAUUCGUACGUGAUCACGGGUGUGGAAGAGAUUCCGUACCUCGACGCCACCGCAAAACUCAUCCGGGUCCGCAACCCCUGGGGCGACACGGAAUGGCAAGGGGCGUGGAGCGACGGUUCCGACCAAUGGGUUCACGUUCAAAAUGACGUCAAACAACUUCUUGAACUGACGACACAAGAUGACGGCGAGUUCUGGAUGUGCUUCAAGGACUUCAGGAAGGAAUACUGCAAUAUGAUCAUAUGCAACAUUUCACCGGAUUUCGAUCAUGAUGGCAUAAGUGACAAAGCAGAGUACCAGAGAAGCAUGAAGGGGCGAUGGAAGGCGGGCUAUAACGCCGGCGGUUGGCUGGAGUGUCCGACGUUCCACGUCAAUCCCCAGUAUAUCGUCAACAUAUACCCCGACACAACUGUGCAACGACGCUUCAAUGGACGUCUUCCUCUUGUGGUCUCGCUCCUACAGGUGUAUAAGCGGCAACAAAAGCUAGACGGGAUCGGACUGUUCGCCAUAGGGUUUGAAAUCUUCCAGCGAUACGGAUCUUUAUCUGGGCGCAUAAGUCAGACGUUCUUCGAUCAAACCGAUCCGCUAAUGCCUGAAAAUGAAGAAACCUAUGCCGAAUACAGAGAAACAUCAGGCCGAUUUUUCCUUGACCCGGGAGAAUACAUCUUAGUGCCAACCACUCAACAACCCAACCAAGAACGCUCGUACCUUCUACGCUUAUUUUCCGUUGGAGCCAUGGACUGUCGAGCCUACGACAAUAUUUAUGAGAACGAUUGGGGCAUAGAUAUCAUAUGAUGAUAACGAUGUGUAAAAACAGCUGCUAAAAAAGCGUUUAAAAAGUUCAGUACUCAGGAUGUGCAAAAGGAGCAAACAAAAAAGCGAACGCUUCCAAGUCCGUACAACAGUGUCGUAUUUGGGGAGCUAGAUUGAUCGGGUGAUGCAGAUGGUACAUUUAAUGAUGCGAAUCUUACUAAAUUACAUGAUUCAGAACUAGCUGCAUUAGAUGAUGCUUAACUAGCUAGAUUAAAUGGUGAAAAAAAUAGCUACAUAAAAUGAAUCAGACCUAGCGAUAUUAAAUGAAUCAGCACUAGCCAAAUGAGAACAAGCUACAUUAAAUGAUAUAAACGAACCACAGUGUGUUGAUGAGUGCAAAUCAAAUGUAGCCAAACAGAGCGUUUCAUAAUAUUAACUCUUUCAGUGCUGGAACCAAAUUUUGAAGGCCUUUGCAAAUAGUUUGGAUCCAAAUGAGACGCAACAGAACGUGGCGUCUCAUCUGGAUCCAAACUAUUUGCUAUUCUAAUAGUAUUUUUUGAAAAAAAAUCGAAGAAAAUGCUAAUUUUAAAAAUUCAGCAGACGACAUUUUUAUCAGACGACAUAUUUCCCAGCAUGCAAAGGGUUAAGAGAUGAUCCACGCAAAAAUAAUGUGUGUGCUGCGCAACGUACGACGUGUGUGUCAAAUACAAUUCGUGUGAUAUUCAAAUCUCACAGAUCUUCUGCUAAAUAUUUAGUUAUAGAUGCCAGUUAAGAAGAAUUGCUAUGUAUUGUUAAUGGCUGAAUUUAUAGUAAUUGUAUAUGUUACAUUUGACAUGAUAAACGCAUAAUGUAUAUAUCCAUCAUUUUGUGAAGUAUAUGAGAUAUCCCAAUAAGGUGUGUUUCUGCUGAUUCCGUCUGAUUUAUUAUCUGUGAUAUUAUAUUUAUGAAUUUAAGGCGGUCAUUAUGUUUCCUUUUUACAUUUGGAAAGUAAAUAAUGUGAAGCUGUG